AUCCCAUUUGUCUGAUUCUGGAGUAUGUCCUUUUGGUGAUUUGAAAACAUAUCUUACGAGUUAUCAGUCCUCACGUGACCCAUCCUUAUUUGAUGCUAGCAGAGAUAUAUGUGGCCAGGAUGUGAAAACGGAAUUCAUAAACUAUGGUAUGCAAAUAGCAAAUGGAAUGGAUUUCCUGGAAAGCGAAGAGAUAGUUUUACGGACUCUGACAUCUCGUAGUAUUUAUAUUGGCUACAACAAAGAAUGUAAAGUCACUGAUUUAGGAUUGUCGACAGCGGUGAUGUCCUUGGCUGAAUUUGAACUGGAAACUAGGGGACGUCUACCGGUGCGAUGGAUGGCUCUUGAGUCACUGUUGGAUUGUUUCUACACAACGAAGUCGGACACGUGGUCUUUUGGAAUUGUUUUAUGGGAAAUAUUUAGUUUUGGAUGCGUGCCGUAUGCAGGAUUGUCACCAAAUGAGUUGACACAUGAGCUUCAACGUGGAUAUAGAAUACCGAAACCACUGCAUUGUGACAAACACAUGUUAGUGUAA